AUGAAGUACCUCCAACUCGUGGUCUUACCAGUUUUGAUCGUACUCAGUAAUUGUCAAUCAGAAUGUGAUUCCAAGGCUAAGCGCAGCACAUUUCUUUGGUCAGUAAGGAGCCCAGAUCGAACUUCCAGAGGAUUCCUCUUUGGGACUAUUCAUGUACCGUACACGGAAGUAUGGGACAAAGUAUCGGACCGUGUACGUGAAGCGUUUUCCUAUUCGGAUACUGUACUGUUGGAAAUAGACUUACGGAAUGACGACACUGUAAAAAGGCUUAUAAAAUGUAAAAAUCUCAAGCGGAAACAGACGGCUGCCAGCUAUUUACACCCAAAACUGCAUCAACGGAUCAAGGACUUUAUGGAAAACUUCCGGCGUACUCUGCUCAGAUGCGUUCAGAAACAGGAUCAACACCGACCAGAUUCCUAUAAAAUGGCUGAGGAUUUGUAUGAAAAUAUAGCUGGGAAUUGGGAUCGUAAACGACCUGAAUGGCUACUAUUUGCUCUAUACCAGUUAUGUGAGAACUUUCUCGAUCGACCCACCACACCGAUGCUUGAUGUCUUUCUCGCUAACAAAGCAUAUGAAGAAGAUAAGCAAAUCCAUGCCAUAGAGACUGCACAUGAACAAUGUAAUCCUGUCGCUUCACUUACUCAAGAGGAGAUCAUUUUCGCUAUCAACUACACUGUACAUUACUUGGAAUAUCUUCACCACACGAAAAAACUGUUUCAAACAGACAACCAGCGUUCUUUGUCUACAUUGGUAAAGGACUACAGAUGUGGAAACCUUGAUGAUCGUUACUUUGAAAGGAACGAAUACGCCGUCAACGGUUUUCACAUGAGUGAGGUGGAGAAACUUCGAGCUGAAAAAAUUCAACGACAUUUACGGGAAGAUAUAAUUGCCAAGAGAAACGAACGAAUGGCACAUCGUCUUCAUCGACUGCUUUCGGCUAAUCCUCAUAUCACAAUAUUCUCAGCUAUCGGUACCGGGCACUUCUUCGGAAACGGCAGCAUACUUCAUCACUUACACAACAUGGGUUACAUCAUUCAAAGUGUCAAAGAGGACGAUAUCAUGUAA